AUGCACGAAGAAAACUCGAAUGAAAGCGCAUCUUCGCAAAAAACCCAAAUUAACCGCUCUAAAACAGUCAAUAAAACUCAAACAACAACUUCGCAGCAUUCUAGAGUCAUCGAAAAUCAAAAAAAAAAUGACACUUUUGUGUGGUUUACAGCGAUAUCAGACGAUUCUAAUUUCAGUGAUAUCCUAAAAAUUCUUUUAGUGUCCAUUGUGGAACCAAUCGAUAGCAAAGAGCGACACUUGAUAAAAGUUGAAUGGCAAGACGUGAUGGCUGCCAUCAGUAAAGCCAAAACUGAGAAAAUUAAUCGAUACUGUACUGAGUUAAUGAAAGAUUAUCGCGAAUGGCAUAAGUCAUCUGAAUCUAAUAUUCCAAAACAUAUAUUGGAAAAAAUUCGUUUCUCUUUUCGUUUUUCUCCUGAUGAAUUUCAACAAAUCAUAUCAACUUUGAAAAAAAUGUCAAUUGAUGAACGAUCGAGCGUACGUUCGAUUCUUUAUCACAAAUUAAAAGGAAUGACAGAUUUUUUCAACAAAAACCAAUCUGAAUUAUCUAGACGCGCGAUAAUAACCCAAAACUUGAAUACCGCGCAGAAGGAAAAAGAAAAGCUCAAUGAUGAAUUAAAAGUACUCAAGGCAAAUAUCCAACACUUAAAUAUCGUGAAAAAAGAAAACGCAAAACUCAACGAAGAGUUAAAAGUACUCGAGGCAAAUAAUAUACAACGCUCUAAUAAUAUCCAAAAAGAAAACGUAAAACUUAAUGAAGAGUUAAAAGUAAAUAUCCAACGUUUCAAUACCGUGGAAAAAGUAAACGCGAAACUCAAUGACGAGCUAAGAGAGCUUAAAGCCAAAAUUAUUAGCCAAGCUGAUCUCUUAGAUAAAAGUGAGUUUGAAAAGCAAAAAAUUUCCACAGAAUUAAACGCGAAAUUCGAAUCAGAAAAACAAAAACUUACUGAUGACUAUAGAGCAACUUUGCAAAAUCACCAAUCCCAGUAUAAAACAGAAUUACAACAAUCACGUGAGAGAAUUCAAAACUUGGAAGAGGAACGGAAAACCACUUUAUCCACACUAAAAGAAUUGCAAAGCGAAGAUUCGUUAAAUAAAAAGUUAAUUGAUACCUUGACGCAUGAAACAGAAGCUGCGAAACAAGAAGCGUCGCGAUUGCUUGGUAGUGUAAACGAUCUUCGAUCCAAGUAUGAAAUUGAGUUACAAGAAUCACGUGAGAGAAUUCAAAACUUGGAAGAGGAACGGAAAACCACUUUAUCCACACUAAAAGAAUUGCAAAGCGAAGAUUCGUUAAAUAAAAAGUUAAUUGAUACCUUGACGCAUGAAACAGAAGCUGCGAAACAAGAAGCGUCGCGAUUGCUUGGUAGUGUAAACGAUCUUCGAUCCAAGUAUGAAAUUGAGUUACAAGAAUCACGUGGGAGAAUUAAUAAAUUAGAAGAGGAACGGAAAAACACACUAACAAUAUUGAAAGAAUUACGACACGAAGAUGCGUUAAACAAAACAAAAAUUGAUACCCUGACGCAUGAAACAAAAGUUGCGAAACAAGAAGCGUCACGAUUGCAAUCGGCACUUGAUGACGUAAAAACUCUCCUAUCCAAGUAUGAAGCUGAUUUAGAUGAAUCAUGCGGAAGAAUUCUUAAAUUAGAAGAGGAAAAGAGAAACACUUUACCAACAUUAAUAGAAUUACGACAUGAAGUUUUGUUAAACAAAACAGAAAUUGAUACCUUGACGUGUGAAUACAAAUCCGCGAAACAAAAAGCGUCACGAUUGCAAUCGACACUUAAUAUUCAUGAAAUUGAGAUACAAGAAUUACAUGAAAAAAUUCAAGAAUUAGAAGAGGAACACAGAGAAACCUUGUCAAGAUUAAAUGAUUUUCAACAGGAAGAUUCUUUAAAGCAAACAAAAAUUGAUUGCUUAACGCAUGAAAUCCAAUCUGCGAAAAACGAAGCUUCGCAAUUGCAAUUGAUACUGGAUGAACUCGAGUCUGAAAAACAAAAAAUUAUAGAUAAUUAUCAAGAAGAUGUGCGAUUGUAUGAUUUGCAAGUAAAAAACCUCGAAACGAAAUUACAAGAAUCAGAAGAGGAACAGAAAAGCAUUUUGUCAACAUUAAACGAUUUACAACACGAAGCUUUGCAAGUAAAAAACCUCGAAACGAAAUUACAAGAAUCAGAAGAGGAACAGAAAAGCAUUUUGUCAACAUUAAACGAUUUACAACACGAAGCUUCGCUAAAGCAAGCACAAAUUGACACCCUAACGCGUGAAACCAAAUCUGCAAAACAAGAAGCUUCACGAUUGCAAUCAGCACUUGGUGAUGUAAGAGAUCUUCAAUGGAAUAAUGACGACGCAAGCAAUCCAUUGCAAAUAACUAAAGAUAUCGACAGAAUACGAGGAUUAUUGAAUGACGUGACAAAAGUGAAACCAAAAACCCAAAUACAUAUUAACGAGUCAACUAGUCAAGCUCUUUUAAAAAGGUUUAAAAUUCAAAAUUAUCAGGAGGAAAGAACAUAUAAAAUAGCAUUGAGUAAUGCUUUACAGCGUACAAUCAUUGACAAAGUCUUUAAUGCUAUUUCUUCCACUAUCAACAACCCAAAUUCAAUUCGUGACGGAAAUCUCGAAACACAUAUUUGCUAUCACUUAAACAAACUAGUUUUUUUUAUGAAUACUUUAGCCGCUAAUCGUUCCGGCGACGAUGAAAUCACAAUUAUCGCGCCAAUAAAAAUUCGGCAACAAGUAUUCGCGUCUUUAGGAUCACGUGGUUACAACAGAUCAGGUCAUUCGACAAUUGAUUUGUUCGCGAACGAAUUAGUAAAGGAUUUGGACAAAUAUCGCAAAGUACUUUCUGAGGAAUUAAAAAAAAAUUUACUUAAUCAAGUCGUCGAGGUUAUAAUUGAAUUAAUGCAUUUGCAUUUUCGAUUGUAUGCGCAAGAUCCGAUACCUGAAAUCCGAUGGAUUGAUAAUGAAGCCGAUAUCUGUGGUGGGUUUAUGGAAGGACCUUGGGAUAUCGAAGAUAGUCAAAAUUCUGUAGUCGAUUUUUGUUAUUUUCCUGCGAUAGGUAUAGAUCUUGAUGAUGACAAAAAUCGGCGUGUUUAUUGUAAAGCUCAGGUUUCGGUCAGACCAAAAAAAAAAAAUAAGGGUGUAUUAGGCUGGUGUGGAAGUCAUUUACUAAAAUCAAUAGAAUUUUAUGCAGAUUCCAAACGUGCUUUACUGGUGCGAAGUUCUGCGUUUGCUGCAUUACUCAUGUAUCACUUGAUUCUGGAUCUUAGUAUUGGGAAUUAUGAUGCUGAAUAA